AUGGCGCCACCGUGCCACCGCGCGCGGUCGAGCGAGCCGGCGGCGGAUCUGCUGACCUCCCUCCCGCCGCCCCUUCUCGACUGCAUCCUCACCCGUCUCGACCUCCGGGACGCCGUCCGCACCUCCGCCCUCUCUCGCGCCUGGCGCCGCCGGUGGGAGGCCCUCCCCUCCAUCUCCCUCUCCUUCCUCGACAAGCGUGGCACACCCCCGGUGGCUGUCGACCGCCUUCUUGUUCGUUACCCCGGCCACAUCUCGCAUUUCUCCUUCUAUCUCGACGAGCACUCCUUAACCCGCGUCGCCGACUGGCUCAUCGCCCUCUACAACCGCGCCGUCAAGUCUAUUAACCUCCAAUGCUCUCCCUACCUCCCCGACUUCAACCUCCACUCCUCUGUCUUCUUAUGCACCCAACUCGUGUACCUGGAGCUGCACCAAUGCUGCAUACCACCUCUCCCAGUGGGAUUCACUAGUUUCCCUGUGCUUGAGGAGCUAAAACUAUACUUAGCCAGAUUCCCCGAGAAUGGGGAGAGCCUGCUGGAAGCAAUUCUUGGUGCGUCACCCUUGCUUAAUACCCUAAAUCUGUCAUUUCUGAGUAUCCGCGGCGAUGGCUCAAACGAGUGGGUGAUUGGGGGACCAAGCCUACGGAGCCUUACGAUAAAUUGUAUGGCUUGUUAUGGCUGGCGAAUUGCGGAUCUGCCAUGCCUUGAUGAAGCCAGCAUCGAUUUGGUUAACUAUGUGAGCUCUGGCGAUUUCCAAGGAUUCAUUGCCAGGUUUGCUCCAGUUAGGAAGCUCAGUCUCCAUACAAGCUACCCACUGCCACCGCUAACCAACGGUCAUUUGAUGGAAACACUUCCAUGUACCUUUAACAACUUAAAGAGUUUAAUCCUCUGGACACACUUCUGUGAGAGGCCUGCCAUUCUGUCAACCUUUUGCUUACUAACGAAUGCUCCUAAUCUAGAAGAACUUGAAAUCACGAUCGACCGUCGUGACGUGGAUGGAAUUGAAGCAAAUGCAGUGUAUCAAGAUACACAAUUGACUGAUGCCUUUUGUGCCAACCUUCAGGUUGUGAAAAUAUAUGACAUUGGCUGGUUGUCAAAUGAAAUGUGUUUUAUCGAGCUCGUUUUAUCGAAAGCAAAAGUUCUUCGCACAAUGCAUCUUAGACUUGGUUGCUUAAGCUCAAAGUUUAACGAGGAUGCUCUAUGUGAACUAAUGACAUACAGAAGGGCUUCACCUCAUGCUCAAGUCUUCUUUAAUGGUGUGAUCGAAUAA